AUGGGCAAAGGUCUACGAAACAGCGUCAACAAGACCAACAACAGAAAGCUCAAGAAGAAUGUCUUUGGCCCCGUCGAGACUGCUCGCACAGAGCGUCUGUCGCAAAAGCUGCUCGAAUUAGCCUCCCAGCCAAAGCCCCCAAAGUCGGACAUGGAAGUCGAGGAAUCAAAUGGUGAGAAUCCUUUCCCUCGCAACCUACAUGUGCCCAAACUGACGUUGCCACUCGCAGACUCGAAGCAGGCCGAGUCCGAGGCCAAGGCUACCAACGCAAAUGACACCGCAAUGGACGUCGACUUGACCAACGCACCCAGAACAAGCUGGAUCAAGGCCGAAAAGAGGGCCAAGGAAGAAAAGCGUAACCGCAUCGCAAAGAAGCAAAAGCGCAAGGUCAUCAACCAAAUGACUUUCAAGAAGACCCCUCGUACCGGAAAGAAGUGA